AUGUUGCUUGAGUGGAGAUACUGGGUCUUUGCGACCCUUCUCAUGGUACAUUGUCUCAUGCUGGCGGACGCGGCUUCACUUGGAGCGAAGGAGUGUCGGAUCCCACGGCUAGUUGAAGCAACAGCAGAGCAGCUUCAAGAUGGUCUUAAGAAAGGGUGCUUCGAUAGUGUAGAUUUGGUCAAGGCGUAUACUGCUCGAAUCCGUGAGAUUGAUAGGCAAUUUGGUACAAUCCUCGAGUUGAACCCCGAUGCGCUGAGUAUAGCGAAGCAGCUAGAUCGUGAGAGGAAACAAGGGCAUAUCCGAGGUCCGCUGCAUGGCCUGCCAGUCUUGCUCAAAGACAUGAUCGGCACGAAAGAUAAUAUGCAAACAGCAGCUGGCUCUUGGGCGCUUGUUGGAGCUAAGGUUCCCGCAGAUUCAACUGUGGCGGCGAAGCUCAGGGAAAAUGGUCUGGUCAUCCUGGGCAAGACUAGUAUGUCGGAAUGGGCCAACUUUCGUUCGGUAAACUCGUCAAAUGGAUGGAAUGCGCGACGUGGUUAUACAUUCGGGGCAUACUAUCCUGACCAGGACCCGAAUGGAAGUUCGAGUGGUAGUGCUGUUGCGACUGAUCUGGGGCUCAGUACGUUUGCCCUGGGAACUGAGACUAGUGGGAGUAUACUGCUUCCUAGCGAAAGGAACAACAUCGUCGGAAUCAAGCCAACCGUUGGGCUUACUUCACGCUACAUGGUCAUCCCUCUUAGCGAGCGCCAGGACACCAUUGGACCCUUGGCUCGGACAGUUAAAGACGCAGCUGUCUUGUUACAAGUAAUUGCUGGUCCAGAUGACAAGGACAAUUAUACCUUGGCUUCACCCUUCGCAGCAAAAUUGCCUGACUACUUGGCAGCCUGCAAGCUGUCGGGGCUACAGGGCAAGCGUAUUGGUAUUCCUCGAAACGUCAUCGACUACUUAGGUCCCGCAGGUGCUCCUAUAGUUUCGGCAUUCGAAAACGCAGUCACUAUUAUAAGGGCUGCAGGCGCCGCCGUCGUGGAUAAUGCGAAUUUCACAGCGUACAGUGACUUUUAUGGUAGCCUGAAACCGGCCAUUGUUGUGGCUGCUGAUUUUUCGACGAACAUUAAAAGCUAUCUGAAGAAUCUGGGGCAGAACCCAAACAAUAUACAUAGCCUUGAAGACAUUAGGAACUUCACCCAGCAUAGCGCAUUGGAAGAUUACCCGUCGCGCGACACGGGGUUGUGGGAUCAAACGAUUGCUUUGGGCAUGAACAACACAUCCCCGAGCUUUUGGUCCUUGUAUCAGCAAACCCUCUAUUAUGGAGGGGAAGGAGGACUAUUAGGAGCUCUGUCCCGUGACAAACUCGACGCUGUCAUUCUGCCCACUCUUGUGGGCUUCGACAUCCCAGCUGUUGUUGGUACCCCAGGUAUCACUGUUCCUCUGGGAGCAUAUCCAGAUGGGACACCAGUGGAAUACAACACCCGCGGUGACUUAAUCCAGCGUGCUCCUGGUAUCCCUUUUGGCGUCAGCUUUCUGGGUCAGAAAUGGAGUGAAGAAGAGCUGAUAGGGAUGGCAUAUGCAUUCGAGCAGCAGACACUGGUCCGUAAUAGGCUCAAGCGAUCUCUGAAGGUAGAUAAUUAG